CUUUAUUGCUGCUGCUCAUCUGAAACAACAUAACCACUAGCGAUUGGUGUUUGCACUUUUUAAUCUGAACGCACUCAAUCAAGUAUUACUGUAUUAGGGUUAUCUGUCUAUAUUGUAUCGGCCAAUGGCCUUUUUUUGCCAACGAGUCAAAUGCGGAAUUAGUUAACGAGUGCUCUCGGCGUCCACAAAAAUGUCUUCUUUACUUAUUUUUAUUUUCAUUUAAAUGGCUAUUGUAAUCUGAAAUAGAUUAUGAAAAUAAAGGCCCAUAGGCUGACACCCAGUGACACUCAGUGACGACAGAAACGCGUUGGCAAAGUGACAGAUGCGCUUGAUCAGCUGUUGCUCAGCUGUUGCUCAGCUGUUACUCAUCUGGCAAAAGGCUUGUAAGGUUACAAGUUUAUCGAGAUUGGACGCGAUAAUUUCAUAUUUAGUAGGUCUAGGACCGUCUUGGACCAAAGUUGUCUUUAGCUUUAACACAUUUUCGUCCGAUUAUCUGCUUUGUCUUUUGAAAAACUGUUUGGACAUUCUCGUACAUUUAAAUUGGCGGAUUAAUAUUUAGAUUUACCUAGCUUUUUCCAAUAAUUGUAUUAGACGAAUAACUUGUGUGCCUGCCAUUGGCUUUCAUGCUGGGCAUUUUGCCAGCCGAAUUAACCGACAUAACAAUUGAGCAAAACCCAGGAACCAACCAAAAUACCAGUGAGAAAAUGAAGCAAGUGAACCGUUACUCGAUGUCUGUUGAAUCAGGCAUCAAUUAUGGAUACAGAAAUCACAGCAGGAACCGAGAAAUGAUGUCGUCGUCAAAUCGAUCCAUCGCUUUUGGAAGGACGUGUGUCGGUAUCAAUUUCGUAGCAAAUCGAAAAUCUUAUUUUGACAUUUCUUACGAGUAUCAGCCCAUCAGGUUCAAUAACACGUCGACCAGUUUACCAGCGCACAGGAAUUUCUUUCAACGCAACUCUUUGGAUGGCCGUCCACGUUGGAACUCUUCCACUCACACUGGCAGCCGUGACGCCCUCUACUAUUUUCCUGAAAGAUUGAAAUCCAUUUCAAAUAAAUCACCACUCUUGGCCAAUGAAAAGCGUUUAGAAUCGCCACGACCCAUCCGAUCGACAUAUCUCGGUUACACCAAUGCCGGAAAUGUGUCUGGCGCUGGAUCAGAAUUUUUCGGCCGACCUCCUGCCGGUUUGCCGAACCCAAAAUCCAACAACAACUCUGUGGCCAACUGUUUGAAUUGGGAUUUAAUGGCGCCUGCUAAAUUAGACAUUCAACAACGGACGUUAAACGCAAUUUUACAUCAAGUCAGUCAAAUUUGACAUUGGCAAGUCCUUGAUGUGUCUAUAACGCCUCUGGCACGGCCUUUUCCUGCCUAAAAUACCAUUUUGCUUGCGCUGCCGGAAAGUGGAAACGUGAUGAAGCAAAAUUGUUUCAAACUUUUACCGUUCAAGACUCGUCCCCCCACAUUUUAAACGUUUCCGGUAUGACAGCAACGAAAAUUGUAACAGUAUUUACCCUUUGUUUAUUUUAAAAAUUUAUUUCUCAUUGAUGUCAAGUGUUCUAUUAAUAUAUUUUUCCAUAACUGUGGAUUUUUAAAAAAGUGAAUUUGUC